UCUGUGUUACCAUUAUGUCUCUGCUUUCAUCCACAGGCACCACCGAUGAGGACGCCAGCAGUGAAUUGACGAGCCACACAGAAGCCCCCCAGUCCCUCCCACCUCCAGCCCCCCUCCCCUCCCUCUGUCCCUCCCCCCUCCUUCUGACCCCUCUCCCCCCACCCCAGACUCACCAUGCUGAUCAAGGAGUAUCGGAUCCCAAUGCCAAUGAGCGUGGACGAGUACCGCAUCGCCCAGCUCUACAUGAUCCAGAAAAAGAGCCGGGAUGAGACCUGUGGCGAGGGCAGCGGAGUAGAGAUCUUGGAGAACAAGCCGUACGAUGACGGCCCAGGGGGAAUCGGACAGUACACCCACAAGGUUUACCACAUCGGCAUGCACAUCCCCAGCUGGUUCCGCUCCAUCCUGCCCAAGGCAGCGCUCCGGGUGGAGGAGGAGUCCUGGAACGCCUACCCCUACACCCGCACAAGGUACACCUGUCCCUUUGUUGAGAAGUUCUCCAUUGACAUUGAGACGUACUACAAGCCAGACACAGGGAACCAGCCAGACGUCUUCAACAUGUCUCCAGUCGAGAAGAGGCUAAGGACUCUGGACCCCAUUGACAUUGUCAAAGAUCCCAUCCCCCCACAUGAGUACAUGCAAGAGGAGGACCCUCGGAUCUACAGGUCAGACAAGACCAAGAGAGGCCCUCUGCAGGAGGACUGGAUCGAGGAGUACAACAACAACCCGGGGAAGACGCCCAUCAUGUGUGCUUACAAACUGUGCAAGGUGGAGUUCCGCUACUGGGGCAUGCAGUCCAAGAUCGAGCGCUUCAUCCAUGAUGUAGGGCUGAGAAAGGUGAUGGUGCGGGCCCACCGGCAGGCCUGGUGCUGGCAGGAUGAGUGGUACGGCCUGACCAUUGAGGACAUCAGACAGCUGGAGCUUGAGACCCAGCUGGCCCUGGCCCAGAAGAUGGCCCAGUUCAGCCAGGCAGAGGAGGCCACCGAGGCCAAUGGUGCUGCUUCAUCCCCAGACAAGAACCAGGAGGCCAAAGAUACCAUUAGCUCCUUAGAAACUGAGGUGGUCAGUGCAGGGGGCGGGGGAGACACGCUCCAAACAAAACGAGCAGGGCUCACCAAGCAGUGGUCCACCUCCUCCAGAUCCUCCCGCUCAUCCAAGAGAGGAGCGAGCCCAUCACGCCACAGCCUCUCUGAAUGGAGGAUGCAGAGCAUAGCACGAGACUCCGAGGACAGCUCAGAAGAGGAGUUCUUUGAUGCUCACGAGGACUUGUCAGAUGAUGAACAGAUUUUCCCCAAGGAGAUCGCCAAGUGGAACUCCAAUGACCUCAUGGACAAGAUUGAGGCAGCUGACGCAGAAGACAUCCCUGGAGAGCUGUACAAGGAUAUGGCAGGGGACUAUGAGAGGGCAGCCAGUGAGGAGAGACUAGAUGAGGACCUGUCCUCCCAGCAGUGUCUGCAGCCUUCUAAGAUUCAUGUGCUGAUCCUGGUGUUACAUGGGGGCAACAUCCUGGACACGGGUGGAGGGGACCAGACCAGUAAGCAAGGCGACAUCAACACUAUCAGCACAGCCUUUGACGCAGUGAUGCGCGUGCACUAUCCCACUGCGCUGGGCCGCAUCGCCAUCCGUCUGGUUCCCUGUCCCGCCAUCUGCGCUGAGGCCUUCUCCCUGGUGACCAAUCUCAGCCCAUACAGUUAUGAUGAGAGCUGUAUGUCUAGCAGUCAGGACCACAUCCCCCUGGCUGCCCUGCCUCUCCUGGCCACCUCCGCCCCCCAGUACCAGGAGGCUGUGGCCACCGUCAUCAUGAGAGCCAACCAGGUGUACAAUGACUUCAUCAGGUCCCUGAACGGGGCAACCUUCUCUGGCCAGGUGUGCCUGAUUGGGGACUGUGUGGGAGGGAUCCUGGGGUUUGACGCAUUGUGCAGCAGCAACCAAACUAUUGGUGACAGCCAGAACAGCAGCCGCAGGGGCAGUGUAAUCAGCGUACAGGACCAGGACCUUCUCUCCCCAGGCAUCAUCAUAAACAGUGGGCCCGGCUCUGCCUCUCCCACCCUGGAGGGCAGCCGCCACCUGAGCCUCAGCAACAUCGACAUCCCCCGCUCAGGAGGACCAGACGACUCCAAGAGACAGCAGCCGCGCAAAAGGAGCGGCGACUCCACAUACGAGCUGGACACCAUCAAACACCACCAGGCCUUCCUAACCAGCCUACACUCCAGUGUCCUACGGACCGACCCGUGCUCCCGCAGGUCCAGCAGCAGCACCUUCCAGGAUGCAGGCUGUCUGGGGAAGUUUGACUUUGAGGUGGCAGACUUCUUCCUCUUCGGCUCUCCUCUGGGCCUUGUCCUUGCCCUGAGGAAGACUGUCAUUCCUGUGCUGGAUGUGGCCCAGCUGCGCCCAGCUUGCCAGCAGGUCUACAACCUGUUCCAUCCAGCCGACCCCUCGGCCUCGCGCCUGGAGCCCCUCCUGGAGAAGAAGUUCCACCUCCUGCCCCCCUUCAACGUACCCCGCUACACACGAUUUCCCCUGGGGGACGGCAACUCCGCUCUACUGGCGGAUGUUGUUCAGUCUCAUGGUGGUGUCUUCAUGGACAGUUCGUACCCCUCCUCCCCCGUUACGGGCCCCCACUGCCGGGGCCUGCGCAGGGCCAGUGAGGUCAGCAUUGCCAGCCAGGUUUCAGGAAUGGCAGACAGUUACACUGCCACCAACAUAGCCAACACACAACCAUGCCAAAUUAACCAAACCAAAAAACUCAGCCUUUUGUCCCAAAUCGCCCUGACAUCACAAACCAAAUUCUCCCUGAGAAGCCCCCCUAAAUCCCAUAGAAAAGAAAGGACUGAUCCAGUCCGAGGAUCUACUGACACAGACAACGGGCCACAACCAGACCCAGAGGCAGGCCCAGACGCUAAUAGAGGUGUAAGCCCCUGUGGCUCUGGUCAGUUAGAGAGACACCUGUCAGCUGGCCUGGAUUAUACCAUAUAUGACCUGGUCUCCCUGGACUCCCAGGCAGAGGUGGAUCAAGUCGCAGCACGUUGGUGGGGAACCAAGCGUAUGGACUUUGCCUUGUACUGCCCUGAUGCCCUGACAGCCUUCCCCACGGUGGCACUACCGCACCUCUUCCAUGCAUCCUACUGGGAGUCCACUGAUGUAGUGUCCUUCCUGCUGCGACAGGUGAUGAGGCAUGAAAACUCCAGCAUACUGGAGCUGGAUGGUAAGGAGGUGUCAGAGUUCACUCCAACCAAACCUCGGGAGAAGUGGCUCAGGAAGAGAACCCACGUCAAGAUCAGGAAUGUGACAGCCAAUCAUCGUGUGAACGAUGCAGUGUUCACAGAAGAUGGGCAGCAGAUCGUGACUGGCCGCUUCAUGUACGGACCUCUUGACAUGGUCACAUUGACAGGGGAGAAGGUGGACAUCCACAUCAUGACCCAGCCCCCAUCUGGAGACUGGGUGUACUUUGACACGGAGCUGACCAACAGCAGCGGCCGCGUGUCCUUCAUCAUCCCAGAGAGCAAACGGCUGGGGGUUGGUGUCUAUCCGGUCAAACUGGUGGUCAGGGGGGACCACACAUUUGCAGACAGCUACCUGACAGUGCUUCCCCGUGGGACAGAGUUUGUGGUGUUCAGUAUAGACGGCUCAUUUGCUGCCAGUGUGUCCAUCAUGGGGAGCGACCCCAAAGUGCGCGCCGGAGCAGUCGACGUGGUCAGGCACUGGCAGGACCUGGGCUAUCUGAUCGUCUAUGUGACAGGGCGUCCAGACAUGCAGAAGCAGAGAGUGGUGGCCUGGCUGUCUCAGCAUAACUUUCCCCAUGGCAUCGUGUCCUUCUGUGACGGCCUGGUCCACGACCCACUCAGACACAAGGCCAACUUCCUCAAGUCACUCAUGGAGGCUCACAUGAAGAUCUUUGCUGGCUACGGUUCUACCAAAGACAUUUCCGUCUACACCUCCAUCGGCCUCUCUCCCUCCCAGAUCUACAUCAUUGGCCGACCCUCCAAGAAGAUGCAAGCUCAGUGCCAGUUCAUUACUGAGGGCUAUGCGACCCACCUCUCUCAGCUGGAGUACAACCAGCGCUCCCGGCCACCAAAGACCAGCAGUGCCCGCAUGGUCCUACGGAAAGGCAGCUUUGGUCUGGGUGCAAAAAGCGACUUUCUGCGGAAGCGGAACCACCUGCUGCGCACCAUUUCCGCCCAGCCGGCCCCCAGCUCGUCCACCGGCAGCGGCCACAGCAGACCAGAACGCACACAGAGCCAGUCAGACAGCCACAGCCACAGCCAGCACGGCCCGGGACCAGCCCAGCGGAGCAUGAGCAUGGCAGCAGGCUGCUGGGGCCGCAGUGGCAGCACCAAGCUGGAACCUGGGAUUUUCAACCCAAAGUAGGGUUUAGAGAGGUAGAUAAGAGAGGGAGGAUAAGGAGAGUGUGUAAAGUUAAAGAAGAAGAGGAUGAAAUUGAGAAAGGAGGGAAAGCCUGCAAAAUAAUUAAAUAAAUUAAAAUGACAAGUAAUUUCAAGAUGGGGGAGAGAUGCUGAACGUAGGCUUUCAAGGCUCUAAAUAUAGAGACAGGAAGUAGAAUGAGAGAAUACAGCAUUGAAAACCUUAGGUGCUACGAACCAGUCUUUGUAAAGCGACAUCAAUAUACCUGAAUCAACAAAAAUCUACGGUCAGAGGCUCUUUUUACUUCAGACAGUGAUACAAUGGAGAAAAGCCUUUUAAGAAGCAUCUUAUUUAAGCAAGGAACAUGCAUGCACAACACACAAACCAUUGGCCAACAAUAGCAAGAGAGUGCUAAAGAAAAAGUUGAAUAUUGUUUUAGUGUUUAUUUAUCAAUGUCUGUAAUACCAUAUCAAUAUACAUAGUGUGUGUCCUGGACUGGGGCUUCAGAGUGGAGCUGGUUCCAUUCUGUGGUAAUUCAGCGCCCCCAUGCUGCAGGUUUGGGUUAAGUCCUGAUAAAUCAAUGUCCCCCAUCUUCCACCCUGGGUUAUACAGGUGUGUUUUAUCCUCCUUGCACCAUGGCAGUCUACAGUCUCCAGAACCACACAAAUACAGCCAAUAUAGAAUCAUGGCAUUUCUUCAGCAGCUGCAAUACUCCCAGGUUUGUGUACCAAUUGCUCUUUGGUUACAGGUGAGAACCCAAUUAUUGUCUGUGCUAUCAUACAGAACAUGUUACAUUAGCUAUAGGCUACUGCAAUCAUUGCCUACACAACAGGUAUAUUUAUAGAUAUCACUUUCAGGGCAAACUUGUAUUACUGUAAGGUGAUGUGCCAAAGUAGGCCGUAUGAAAUUGUAUACUAUAUGUGAAGGGAUAAGCUGAAUCCAAGAUGUCCUUUGAGACAGGCUGAAACUGCUCUGUGGACCUCGUUUGGGAUGAUUGAUUGUAUAGUUGAAGAUGAUCACGGCUUGUCUAUAAUAUUGUAUGUUGAGCUGGGGUCAGGUCUACCUAGGGGCCAUUAUCUAGUAUCCUCUUCACACUGAGGAGAUACACAAUCACAUUCAGGAUACACUUUUUAAUAAUUUUUAGAUAGAUAUAAAUGUAUAUAUACUUUUUUUGGUGAACUUAAGUGUUUUAGUUCUGUUAUCUACAUAGUGUUUCGUUUUCUCAAGCAAUCAUCCGCAGCAGCCAAUACACAGCAGAGGUAUUUGCCUUGCACAGUAUUGUAUUUCUACCAGAUUGACUGAUCAUGCAAAUCACAAGACUUGUAUUAAUGUAUCUGCUAUUACUACAGUGCAUUCGGAAACUAUUCAGACCCCUUUUGCCACAUUUUGUUACGUUGUUAUUCUAAAAUGGAUAAAAUUACAUUUUUUCCUCA